AUGAGAUUAGUUAUUCGCCAGGACUACGAUGCCGUAUCAUACCACGUCGCAAAGUACGUGAAGGAAAGGAUCAUGGAGUUUGCCCCAACGGCCAACAACCCCUUCGUACUGGGUCUCCCAACAGGAUCAUCCCCCGUGGGCGUCUACAGGAAUCUGGUCAAGUUCCAUCAGAACGGUGAACUCUCAUUCAAACAUAUCGUUACCUUCAACAUGGACGAGUAUGUCGGUCUUCCAAGAGACCACCCAGAAUCAUACCACUCUUUCAUGUGGAAGCACCUCUUCAAGCACGUCGACAUCCUGCCUGAGAACGUCCACAUCCUCGACGGGAACGCAACGGACCUGGAUCUGGAAUGCCACCGGUUCGAGGAAAAGAUCGAUGCCGUCGGCGGGAUCGAAUUGUUCCUGGGCGGAAUCGGACCCGAUGGACAUAUUGCGUUUAAUGAGCCUGGGUCGUCCUUGAAUUCGAGGACUCGUGUCAAGACGUUGGCCUAUGAGACCAUUGUUGCGAAUGCGAGGUUCUUUGAUAAUGAUAUCACGAAGGUGCCUAACUUGGCAUUAACCGUCGGUGUUGGGAGAAAAGGCGACGAGAAGACGGAUGACAAGCCCGCCUUUGGUCAGCACAACAACUACGACUGCAAGGACGAAUGA